AUGACUAUGGAUGAACAUGUGGUCAUCCCGGCUCCUAUUAGUGCUAAACGUGCACCAUGGCCAAAACCUCCCCUAGGAUGGGUCGCACUAUCUACGGAUGGAUCAUUUGUGAAGGAGACAGGACUAGCUGGGUCCGGCAUGAUGCUUAGGGAUUCCGUGGGGGAGGUUAUCUUCUCGGCUUACCGGUACCUCUUCAACUGCAAAGAUGCCCUUGAAGCAGAGAUUAGCGCUAUUCUUGAAGGAAUGACAAUGAGUAUACAUCGGUCAGAAUUGCCAAUUGUAAUUCAAUCUGAUAACGCGACUGUUGUUGUUGCAUUGACUGAUGACUCGUUGGACCGUUCUGCAUAUGGUCAUCUCAUGUUGGAGAUCAAGAAAACUCUGGACUCGCGUGGGUUUAUUCCGUUGAAAAUUGAGCGUCAUCAAAAUGGAGUUGCUCAUAGUUUAGCUAGUAUAGAAAGAUCUGAUGGUAGCACCGCUUGUUGGUUGCGCCGUGUGCCAGACAACGUUACUAAUGAUGUACUAGUAGAUUGUAUUUCUGUUUCUAAGGAAUAA